UUCAGUGCACAAGUCAAGGCUACCCGCGGGAAUGCUAUGUGCCCCCUCCGUGAGCCCACGCUGCACCACUGCUCCAGGUUGGCUGCUCCUCACCCACUUUUCCAUGACCCUGGGCUCCGGCCGCUGCCCCGCUCUCCUCCGCAAUGUUUCCUAGCCCUGUGACAACGACACCCUUUUCGGUCAAGGAUAUUUUGAACUUGGAACAGCAUCAGAGCGGCCUGGCCUCCAUGGAGCUCUCCUCCCUGGCCUCCCCCUCCUGCAUGCUGGCCACCUUCAAGCAGGAGACGUACAGCGCCGAGCCCCCGGCCCUGCCCGACCUGCGGGAGGAGCUGCCCGAGCCGCACCCGGCCAAAACCGCCGCCUUCCCCGGCUCUUACUACGUUAAAAGCUACGUGGAAAUGGACUCGGCCAAGGACGCCAAGGCGGACAAGAAAGAACUGUGUUCCCUGCACAAGAGCCUGGAGCAGGAGAAAAGGGACCUGGAAGAUCCCGAGCGCCCCAGACAGAGGAAAAGAAGGAAACCUCGCGUCCUCUUUUCUCAAGCCCAAGUCUACGAACUGGAGAGAAGGUUCAAGCAGCAGAAAUACCUCUCGGCUCCCGAGAGGGACCAUCUAGCGAACGUCCUAAAGCUCACCUCCACCCAGGUGAAAAUUUGGUUCCAGAAUCGAAGGUAUAAAUGCAAAAGGCAGAGACAGGAUCAGACCCUCGAAAUGGUGGGCAUCCCUCCCCCCCGGCGGAUAGCGGUGCCGGUGCUGGUGCGCGAUGGGAAGCCCUGCCUGGGGGAGUCCUCUCCCUACAGUUCGCCGUACAAUGUCAGCAUUAACCCGUACAGCUACAACACCUACCCCGCGUACACUAACUACAACAGCCCCGCCUGCAACGCCAACUACAACUGUAACUACCCGUCCAUGCAGACCAUGCAGCCCUCGGCGGCCGGCAACAACUUCAUGAACUUCAGCGUAGGGGACUUGAACGCGGUGCAGACGCCCAUCCCGCAGGGGAACGCGGGGAUCUCCACGUUGCACGGGAUCCGAGCCUGGUAGAGCUGCCCCCGCGCCCAGCCCGCUCCCCUCCCUGGACCCCACCGACCGGCGAGACCCCCGGGUCGGGGGCGGAGGGGCUUCGGCCGCGCCUGCGAGCCGGUCUCGGGACAUUGCCAGGCUGCGGGGUGAUGAGGGCGGUUCAGUGUAGCAUCCCGGCGGAGCUCAGUACCGGGGCGGCCAUUUCCAGCGGGGAGGUAUUCGGUACGUGGGGCGACGGCGGCGCCCCGUGCGGGGCCAGGCGGGGCGGCUCCCGGCCCCUCUCGCUCCCCCUUCCACCGAGGACUUCGCCCCGGUAAUUUCCCUCCUUUAUUCCUACGAAGCAGCCCGUCAUUUUGCUUGACUUGUUCCCAACACCAGCGAGCCAAGCCCUGCAACUCUUUUUUUUUUUUAUUUUUUACUCUAUUAUUGAGAUCCACAUUUAAUUUUUGCACUUCCCGUGCGGUCCCCGCUCUCCGGCCGGUUAAAUACCUCGCCAGCCCCCAGGUCUCCCCUCGGGAGGCUGCUAAGGCCGGCCUGGGCUGCGCCCCGCAGGCGCCCGGGGCCGGGCCGGGAGUGGGGCCGGCGGCGGCUCUCGCCAGCCCGGGAUGAGGCCAGUCCCCCCCACACACACACACCUCGGCCGAGGAAUACAGACACUCGGACCCGCCAGGUCCCCGUAGGGUUAUGCACUAAAAUGUGAGUUAGUAUUGAAAUGCACUGUCCGCCCCUCGCCCCGCCGACCGUUCGCGUUUCCCUUUGCUGUACGAGCUGAUGGAGAUCAGCGAGUUGUCAUUAAA